AGAAGAGAGGAGGGAGACUGGGUUGACUGACAGGCGGCUGGACAAAGUAAAGACUUUAAAAAAAGUGAGGACUCGCUACAACACCUGAGGAUAGAGACAUCCUGUGAGCUAGUGUGAUCUUGUCAAGAAGACGUGUCAGGCACACAGAAUCAAACUACCUUCACCCAUGGCCAGUCUGGAAAGAAAUAACAAAAUCCUGCUAGAUCUGGUGCGACAGCCAUGUAACAAUACGUGUGCUGACUGUGGAGCUCCUGAGCCUGACUGGGCCUCCUACACCCUUGGUAUCUUUGUGUGCCUGAACUGCUCGGGGCUGCAUCGUAAUUUGCCUGGUGUCAGCAAAGUGAAAUCCAUACGUCUGGAUCUCUGGGAAGAUUCACUAGUAGAGUUCAUGCGGGAAAGGGGAAAUUCUGAAGCCAAAGCCACUUUUGAAAAGUGUGUCCCUGCCUUUUUCUACCGACCACAGCAAAAGGACUGCAUUGUUCUCAAGGAUCAAUGGAUCCAUGCAAAGUAUGAAAGAAGAGAAUUCACCGGAGAAAACAACUUCUAUCAGCAAGUUUAUAGCUCAGAUCUAUUUGAGUCAACCCUAUGGAAGAAGGGCAAAGACAACAAGCAGUUUCUCAAGAGGAUCUUUCUUCUGUCCCGGAAAGACUUCACCCUUAGAUACUUCAGUAAAGAGGACUCCAAGCUUCCAAAAGCUGUCAUCAACAUGAAGGAUCUGAGUGCAGUUUUCCAGCCGGAGAAGGUCGGUCAUGCUCACGGUCUGCAGAUAUCCUACCUGCAGGACCAACGCAUGAGGAAUCUGUUCGUAUACCACGAGAAUGGGCAGGUCAUUGUGUCCUUAUUCAAUGCUAUCCGGGCGACACGCUUGGCAUACCUCCAGAGGACACAUCCCAGCCUUCGAGACAAUGAUUUAAUACCUCAAUUGACAAGACACUGCCUGAAGGAGGGGUACAUGGAGAAAACCGGCCCAACGCAACGCGAGCCGUUCAAGAAAAGGUGGUUCACUCUGUGCUCAAUGGACAGAAAGCUUCUGUAUUUUAAAAAUCCUCUGGAUGCCACAGAGCUGGGUGCCGUCUUCAUUGGCACAGAGAGCCACAGCUACUCCGUCUCCGAGAGCAGCUGCAAGAGCAGGGGAGGCCGGUGGCACUGCGGCAUCACCCUGCAGACUCCAGGCAGGCAGUUUGUGUUCAUGUGUGAGCAGGAGCAGGAGCGGCGGGAGUGGCUGGAGGCACUGAGAAGGGUCAUCUCUCAGCCAAUGACCCCAGAAGACUACGCUAAUGAAGCCAACUUGAGAAGGGGGAAAUGAGUGGAACAGAUUUGUCUGCUGGUGUGGAAAUUUAAAAAAUCCAGGAUACAAUAAAAAGACUGAUGGCCUCACCUUCAAAAGCUCUUCUUAAACCUGUCAGUGGGGAUAAAGAAAGAAACAAACUCUCUUUUUUACCUGAUGGACUGUUCAACACCACUGACGGUGACGAUGAAGUCAACCCUAAUACUUUGGCCAGUCUGCAGCGCCUGUGAUCACUCUGACACUUAGGAGGAGUUGCCGUUACAGCUGAGACGUUCCUGCCUUGUAAAAUCCGAGCACAUCAGAAGCAUGCACGAUGUCACCAUGACAACUGAUUCAAGCAUUCCCUUCCAACACAACACAAUACAAUACACAGGAACCAAAUAUUGUGUUUAUUAAAAACAGGGUCUGGAGAUUUAACAUAUGAUUUCCAAUUUCUUUUUUGUAAUGUUUUACUUUUCUACUAAAUUUGUACAUUCAAAAAUAGGAUUUGAUUCAUCUUUCUCACACACUGUUGCAUUUUAGCUGUGUAAAUAGUUGAAAAUGAAACUGAACUUACUCUUACUCUAAACUUGAUACUCAACUGAUUCAUGCUUUUCAUAUUUUACUAUUUAUAGGGGAGUACAUGUGUAUGUUAUUUUCAGUAAUAAAGAUACAGCACAACUGA